AUGAUUGAAGAUUUGAGUGUAAUAAUAAAUUUGGGACUUGGAAUCUCAUGUAUAAUUACACAAUUAUAUAUAUUAAAAUAUAAAAAUAAAAUUACAAAAAAAUUGGAUUUUGAUAAAAAAUGUAAAAUAUUUUAUGCUAGUCAAACUGGAACUUCUGAACGUUUUUCUAGAAUACUUUAUGAUAAAUUAUUACAAUUUAAUAUAUGUUCUAAUAAACCAAUUGAUUUAGAGGAUUUUAAAGAGGAAGAAUUUUAUAUUGAGGAUUCGAUAUUUAUAUUUCUUAUAUCAACACAUUAUGAUGGAUUAUUUCCAGAUAAUACUAAAAACUUUCUUAAAAUUUUGAAAAAAUUAGAAAUAAAUAAUACAAAUUUAAAAAUUAAUUAUUGUAUUUUUGGUCUUGGUAAUAGUGAUUAUGAAUAUUUCAAUCAAGCUGCUAAAUUAUUACAAUCUUCACUUAAUUCACUUAAUGCAAAUGAAUUCAUUCCAAUAUAUUUAAGUGAUGAAUUAAAUGGAAUUAAUAAAGAAUUUGAUAAUUGGUUUAAAAUAUUAAUAAAAUCAUUUAAUAAAAUUUAUAAUAAAAAUUUUAUUAUUACUAAUCAAGAACCAAAUUAUUAUAAAUCUUGGAGACAUUUAUGUGAAUUAGAAAUGAGAUAUGAGAAUAUAAUAAUGAAAAAUAAUUUUGUACCAAUACCAAAAGAUAUAAUAUGUAAACAACAAUAUCAAUGUAUAGAAGCUAAAAUAAUACAAAAUUAUAAUUUAAUACCAAAUUCUGAUCAAUCUGUACAUGAAAUUAUUUGGAUAAAAUUAUUACAUUUGUUCCAAGAUAUGGUAAUAUUAAUCAAAAAACUACUUUUUCACCACCAUUUCCUAUACCAAAUACUAUUAAGGUAUCCCGUUACGGUGCUUGCUCACACGGCCACCCGUAUCCUCCCUGAAAGGGGCUCCCUACUAUUAUUUAGCUCCCUUUCCCUCAGUUACGGUGCUUGGUUCUACGGUACUAGUACCAGUACUACUACUGUUAAAUUAUAUUGUGAUUUAACAAGUUUACCAAAUGAUGAAAUAAUAUUAAAUUUUUGUACAUUUAUAAAAGAUAAAAAAGAAAUAGAAAGAAUAGAACAAAUAAUAAAUUCAAAAUUAAUGAAAUUAAUACGUGAAGAAGUUAAACUUUUAUUCAAUGAAUUUUUAAUAUUAUUCUUUCCAAAUGUUAAAUUUAAUCUUUCUGGAUUCUUACAACUUAUACCUAAACAAAUACCUAAAGCAUAUACAAUCUCAUCAAUACCAAAUAAAAAUAUAAAAAUAAUAGUAAAAAAAGUGGAAUAUAAUUUACAUUCAUUGAAAACAUUUUAUAAAAUAAAUAUGAAUAAAAAUAUAUUUAAUGAAGUAACAAAAACAGAAUUAUAUAAACGUAGAAUAUAUAAAGGAAAUUGUAGUAAUUAUUUAUGUAAUUUAAUUGUUGGUGAUACUAUUAAAUUCUUUAUAAGAUCUUCUAUAUUUUCUAAUAUUAAUUUUAAUAAUAAUUUUCUACUUAUUGCUAAUGGAACAGGUACUCCGUUACGGUGCUUGCAACAGCAGCUCCAAUCACCUAUUUAUACCAUUACUAGUUCUUUAGUUAUAUACCUAGUUAUCUAUAAGGAAAAUUUAUUUCUCCUAACCCGAUCAAUUUUGAACAUUUAUUUCCAAAAUCCUAUUUUUUGGAAUUAUUUUUUCAAUUUUUUAGUUAUUUGGGUUAAUUUUGGAUUAAUUAGUAUAUUAGGAAUAUCUGGUAUAAGACCUAUAUAUAAAUUAAUUGAAGAAAAGAAAUUAAAUAAUAAAGUAAUAAUAUAUUUGGGUUUUAGAAGUAAAAAUCAUAUUUUAUAUCAUGAAGAACUUAAUCAUUUACAAAAUCUUAAUAAUUUUCAUAUUUCAUAUGCUUUCUCAAGAGAACAAGUAAAUAGCAGCAAAUAA